GUCCUUCGGGCUACUUUUCGAGCUCUAACAGCCAGAGGAAGUUUUCGGUACGUGCAGCUUGGCAACAUAUCACCAUGAUUGAGAAUCAUGAUGGACUUCUGCAACAAGAACCGGCCGUCGACGAUACAAGCAUAAGUCUGGUCUCUACCAUGUUGCAUUGGACUCGUUUGCUGGUUGGCGGCUUGGCACUACCUUUAGUUUUCCCCUGGUUGGUGUAUAAGCUAUACAAGUCUCAUUUUAAGAACAAAAUUUUCCGAGAUCGUUCUUUGGAAGAUAAAGUUGUCCUUAUUACUGGAGCUAGUUCUGGACUGGGAAAAGCUCUUGCAUUGGCAUACCAUAAAGCUGGUGCACGAGUAAUAUUAGCUGCUCGUAGAAGAGAUGCACUGGAAGAAGUGAAGGAAGAAUUGAUGUCUGUGCACUCAUCUAAAUAUGAGCCAGCCAUUCUCAUUUUAGAUUUGCAUGAAUUAAAGCAUAUCCCCGAAAAGGCACAAAAAGCACUUGACAUCUAUGGCCACAUUGAUAUUUUAAUCAAUAAUGGAGGCAUCAGUUAUCGUGGGGAAAUCGCAGACACUGAAUUGGAAGUUGAUAUGAGAGUUAUGGUGACCAAUUACUUUGGAGCAGUUGCUCUAACUAAAGCUCUCCUACCUUCUAUGCUGGAAAGAAAUUCUGGGUCCAUAAUUGCAAUAAGUAGCAUUCAAGGAAAAAUUGCAAUUCCAUUUCGAUCUGCUUAUUCAGCAUCCAAACAUGCUAUGCAAGCCUUCUUCGACACUCUUAAAUCUGAAUUGAGCCACACAGAUAUCCAUGUUUGCAUUAUAAGUCCUGGUUAUGUUCAUACAAAUCUAUCUUUAAAUGCGAUUACUGGCCAUGGUGGCACAUAUGGAGUCAUGGAUCAGACAACUGCUACUGGCAUGGAACCAGAUGAAGCAGCUGAAAGCAUCAUGGUUGCCACUGCCUCAAAGCGUACAGAACUUGUUCUAGCAGGAAUAUUGCCUAAACUUGCCCUUCUAAUCAGGUUGAUCUGCCCAUGGAUCUACUUCUACCUCAUGGGCAGUCGGGCUAGGAGGAUACGAGCGACUGGCGAAAAGGAGAACUGAACUAUAUCUUAUUAUAGAGGCUAUGAAAUAGAUCAAAUCUUUUUGAUUCAUUUUGCUUGUACAUAACUUGUAUUAUAACAUGAAGAAGAAAGGCUGUAGUAAAUUCCGAAAUAAACAUUUAAUAUUUUUUUUA